CCUCUCCGAGGUGACCUUUUCCCUCCAGGUCGACGCCGACUUCGAGCUGCACAACUUCCGCGCGCUGUGUGAGCUCGAGUCCGGCAUCCCCGCAGCCGAGAGCCAGCCCGUUGUUUCAUCUGUUUUUAUGCUCUCAGGCUUUCUUCAGUGUUCGAUUGCACAUCAUAAAAAUAUUUUCCUUAGUAAUACAUCCCUGACCCUUUUUUCCAUCUGUGUUUAAUUGUUCUUUUUUAAAUUUCUUCCACUGUUAUCUUCCACUCAUAAACAUAAAAGUGAUAAAAGUUUGGGGAAGGUCGAAGAGAAGGAAGAACUCGGGAAGCUUGUGUGUGAGACCAUUUAAAAGUGGACACAGUACAGUCAUGUACUGCAGGGUGACUGGAGUUAACAACACUGUAUCAUAUAUUUGAAAGUUGCUAAGAGUAGAUCUUAAAAGUUCUCAUCACGGGGGCUUCCCUGGUGGCGCAGUGGUUGAGAGUCCGCCUGCCAACGCAGGAGACAUGGGUUCGUGCCCCGGUCCGGGAAGAUCCCACAUGCCGCGGAGCGGCUGGGCCCGUGAGCCAUGGCCGCUGAGCCUGCGCGUCCGGAGCCUGUGCUCCGCAACGGGAGAGGCCACAGCAGUAAGAGACCCGCGUACCAGGAAAAAAAAAAAAAAAAAGUUCUCAUCACAAGAAGAAAAAUUUAUAACUAUAUGGGGUGAUGGAUGUUAACAAAACAUAUCAUGAUUGUCUACGCUGAAAGGCCUCUCACAGACAACCACAGAUCACUGGCUUCUUACGGCUUAAAAGAUGGCGACGUUGUGAUUUUACGACAGAAGGAGAAUGCAGACCCUCGCCCUUCGGUGCAGUUCCCAAACUUACCCCGAAUAGACUUCCGUAGCAUAGCUGUGCCUGGCACGUCAAACACCCGGCAGCGCCAGCCAGCAGGAGCACAGCAGUCCCACUCAUCUCCUGGAGAGGUAGCUUCAUCUCCUCAGGGCCUGGACAAUCCAGCCUUGCUCCGAGACAUGUUGCUGGCCAACCCCCAUGAGCUGUCCUUGUUGAAGGAACGCAAUCCACCCUUGGCAGAUGCUCUGCUCAGUGGAGAUCUUGAGAAAUUUUCUAGGGUCCUGGUGGAGCAGCAGCAGGACCGAGCCCGGAGAGAGCAAGAAAGGAUUCGUCUCUUUUCUGCGGACCCUUUUGAUCUUGAAGCUCAGGCAAAGAUAGAAGAAGAUAUAAGGCAACAGAACAUUGAGGAAAACAUGACAAUAGCUAUGGAAGAGGCUCCGGAAAGUUUUGGCCAAGUAGUGAUGCUUUAUAUUAACUGCAAAGUGAAUGGACAUCCUGUGAAAGCCUUUGUUGACUCAGGUGCCCAGAUGACCAUUAUGAGCCAAGCUUGUGCAGAAAGGUGUAAUAUAAUGAGGCUGGUGGACCGUCGGUGGGCAGGGAUCGCCAAAGGAGUGGGCACCCAGAAGAUUAUUGGAAGGGUACAUCUAGCUCAGGUUCAAAUUGAAGGAGAUUUCCUGGCGUGUUCCUUCUCUAUACUUGAGGAACAGCCCAUGGACAUGCUUUUGGGACUGGACAUGCUGAAACGGCAUCAGUGUUCCAUUGACCUCAAGAAAAAUGUACUCGUGAUCGGCACCACAGGCUCAAAGACCACCUUCCUUCCUGAGGGGGAGUUACCAGAGUGUGCCCGGUUGGCAUAUGGGGCCGGGCGAGAGGAAGUACGGCCAGAGGAGAUUGCAGACCAAGAAUUAGCAGAAGCCCUUCAAAAAUCUGUAGAGGAUGCAGAGAAAAGCGGUAAAGAAACUACCUCACUGGGAAUGUCAUCAUUACCAACUUCAGAUGGAUUUAACCAUCAAGCCCAUCCUUCAGGACAGAGUCCUGAGAUUGGUAAUCCUUCGCGUCUUGCUCACUCUGUCUCUGCUUCAGUCUGCCCUGUUGAGCCCAGCGACCCAGACAGCAUUGAACCUAAAGCUCUGAAGGCUUUGAAGGCUUCAGCUGAAUUCCAGGUAACCUGUGAAAAGAAAGAACAUCUUCCUCUACAGGAUCUUUCUGAUUGUGCUUCUUCAGCAGACAGUGCUCCAGCAGACCAGAGGCCAGCUAUGCCUUUGCAGAAUUCACUUGAAGAAGCCAUUGUUGCAGGUAAUCUAGAGAAAUCUGCUGAAAGAAGCACCCAGGGCCUCACAUCUCAUCUCCACACCAGACAGGAAGUUAGUUUAUCUGUCACUGGGAUGGAAGAACCACAGAGGCUUAAAGAUGAAAAGGGUUGGCAUCCAGAAUAUCAGGACCUGAGUCAAGCGAGUGGCCUUCAGCAGCAUGAAGAACCGAGGACUGGACAGCAUGAGGUUAUACGGCAGAAUGCUCCCCAUGACCGAGCACGUCUCUGUAACACAGGGGACCUUGAACUUCUUGGAGAAAGGCAACAGGAUCAACAAAGAAGUAUUGGUUCGGAAGCUACAAUGGAAGGAGACAGGCUAGAGCAGACUGUGGACCUUUCGGGUACAGAGAAAAAUAUUCUACCUUCAGGGUGCUUUGGCUGCUCAAGUUCAGAAACACUUAUGGAAGUAGAUAUAGUUGAACAGUCCCUAGCUGCUGUGCUCAAUUCAGCAGGUGGUCAGAAUACCAGUGUCAAGAACAUCGGUGCAUCUGAUCUCACCUUAGAUAAUCCCUUGAUGGAAGUAGAAACAUCAAAAUGUAACCCUUCCUCUGAAAUUUUGAGUAAUUCCAUUUCCACUCAGGAUUUACAGCUUCCAGAAAGUAAUGUUGAAAUGUCUGGAACAAGUAAAGAAUACGGGAGUUGCCCCUCCUCUUUAGUAAGUCUCUGUGGCAGUUGUCAGCCAUCCAUAGAGUCCACAGAGGAAUCUUGCUCAUCUGUAACGGCAGCCUUGAAGGAACUUCAUGAACUUUUGGUCAUUAGUAGUAAACCAGCUUCAGAAAACACAUCGGAAGAAGUUAUCUGUCAAUCAGAGACAGUAACUGAGGGCCAAACAGGUAUUAAGGACCUUUCUGAGAGAUGGACCCAAAAUGAGCAUCUUACAGCUACCCAGAGCAAACACUGUUCACAGGUCUCCUUUCAUCAGGCCACAUCUGUAACAGUGAAGACAGAAGAAUUAACAUACACUUCAACUGACGCUGGAGUAGAAGAUGAAGAAAAUAUUAACUUCAGGGGUCCAGGUGAUGGCGUAUUAACUGAUAGGGAAGGUGUCCCCAAGUCUAAGGAGUCAGUAAAUGAGAGCAGUUCUGUCACUGUAGCCUCAGCUGAAACGUCCAAUCAACUACAUUGCACCUUUGGUGCAGAAAUUUCACCCAGACUUUUAGCAGGUGAGGAGGAUGCACUCAAUCAGACUUCUGAGCACACUGAGUCCUUGUCAUCCAGUUUCAUAUUGGUUAAAGAUUUGGGCCAGGGCACACGGAAUCCAGUGACAGACAGGCCUGAGACUAGAGAAAAUGUCUGUUCUGAAGCUGCAGGGCCACUUCUAGAAUUUGUACCACCUACCAGCCAGCCAUCAUCAAGUCCCUCCUUUCUUGCACCAUUAAUUUUUCCUGCUGCGGACAUUGACCGGAUUCUCCGUGCCGGCUUUACUUUGCAGGAAGCUCUUGGGGCUUUGCAUCGAGUUGGUGGAAAUGCAGACCUUGCACUUCUUGUUUUGCUAGCAAAGAACAUUGUAGUUCCUACAUAACCAUGGAAACGUGGGCUAGACCAUACUCCAUUCCCUUACAAAAAGCUAUAUAUUUACACAUACACACUCACCACAUAUACAGUAUAUGUAGAAACCUGCAAGCAGAAUGUUGAGCCAGAUUUUUUUUAAAGAUUUUUUUCGGCCAAAGUAAUUUAUGAUCUCUUGUCUGAUGAAUUUGUCUAUUCU